GAUUUGGAUCAUUUCUUAUCUCUUGAUGAAGUCUUUGCUCUUGUCUCCUUCUCUUCUUCUCCCUCCUCUCAUUCAUCGUCUCGUUAAUGAAGAGAGAAGGUUUAGACAAGGGCGCAACAUUUUCCCUUUAAUAACAAUAACAAUACUUGUUUUUCGUUGACUAUCAACCUAUCACAACCCUCCUCCGCGGGAUAAACAACAAUUUAUGUUGAGGAUAGGUAUAUAUCAAGACUAAUUUGUCCAUUGAGAAAAAAAAAAGGAGGGGAAAUUGAAAAAUCAACCAAAAAUGAAUGACUUAUUCUCUAAUUCGUUUAAAAAGUAUCAGGACCUUAAAAAACAGACAGAAGUAGAUGAUUUGGAGGGUGGUCAAGGUGGCCAACCAGGUACUGAAAGUAUUGAUCUUGCUAAAUUCUUUGAAGAUGUAGAAAAUGUGAAAGAAGAUAUGAAAGAUGUCGAAAAAUUUCAUAAAAAAUUACAAGAAUCAAAUGAAGAGAGCAAACUUGUGCAUAAUGCCAAGACUGUGAAAGAAAUAAGGUCUAGGAUGGAUUCAGAUGUGUCACAGGUCCUAAAACGCGUUAAGAUGAUCAAAGGAAAAUUGGAAGCCCUCGAACGAUCCAAUGCAGCUCAUAGGAAGAUCUCGGGGUGUGGACCAGGUUCUUCUGCAGAUCGAACAAGGACUUCUGUAGUUAGUGGUUUAGGAAAGAAAUUAAAAGUACUCAUGGAUGAUUUUCAAGGAUUGAGGACAAGAAUGAAUGAUGAAUAUAAGGAAACAGUUGCAAGAAGGUACUUUACUGUGACAGGAGAGAAAGCUGACGAUGGGUUAAUUGAGAAUUUGAUAUCAAGUGGGGAGAGCGAGUCUUUCCUCCAAAAGGCAAUCCAGGAACAAGGUAGGGGUCAGAUUAUGGACACAAUUUCCGAAAUACAAGAAAGACAUGAUGCUGUGAAAGAGAUUGAGAAGAAUUUGAUUGAGCUACACCAAAUAUUUUUAGACAUGGCUGCAUUGGUGGAAGCACAAGGGCAACAAUUAAAUGAUAUUGAAAGUCAUGUGGCACAUGCAAGUUCCUUUGUUAGGAGGGGCACAGAGCAAUUACAAGAAGCUAGGGAGAUUCAAAAAAGUUCAAGAAAGUGUGCUUGUUUUGCUGUUUUCCUUAUCAUUUUGCUUAUCAUUCUUCUUACUUUCCCACUAUGGUGGCCAUUAGUUGCUAGCAAAAUAUUAUAAGAUGACCUUUUUUUUUUUGGGCAAUAUGACUAUUGUUUGUAAGAAUUUUAUUCUUGUAUUCAUUGUCAACAAUUUGUUUUCUUUGACAUUGUAUUUAUAGAAGCAAUUUUUGUCACAUCAAUGGUUACAUAUAUAGACAUGUUUCAAGACACCUAUGUAUUUUUGUAGAGGAAAUUGCAAGAUGAAUGAAAUUGUAAAGAGUAGAUUAUUAAAAGGAUGCUUAUAAUUGAA